AUGCAAAUCUCUCAACUCUGGAUCGUUUUAACAGCGUUCGCCCUGGUGGCAUGCGCGCUCCCUACAACCAACGAAAUUCCCACCACAAAGGCUGGCGCCAUCCGCGUCGGCACAGUCACGAAACUCCCCGGGAAGCCCAUUGAAACAAGACUAAUCCACGACGAACUAGAAUCCCGCGCCGUCAAGCACAAUGUCGACUGCACCAACGGGUCCUGGACAAAGACCUCGCUGAUACGCGAUGGUGUCGAGGAACUCCGGCUCAAGGCCGCGUCCAAUAUGAGGCCAUAUCUUGGUUCUAAGAAAUGCGCCACCGUUGCGUGCGAGCGUGGCGCGGCGAUUAUGUGGUGCAAUGAUAAUGACUAUGAGAGGCUCCUCCCCUCCUGGCAUAACGUCGCCGACGGCGCACAGGUUAUUCUAAACGAGUGUUCGAUGCACAGUGGAGAUGUGCGUGGGACACUGGACCAUAACGACCACUGGAGGGUUCUGGUUGGGUUAGGAAAGUGCUAG